AGCCAUUCUUUUUACCAACCAACUACCCACACUCUCUUUUUAGCCCACCGCUAAACAACAAUCAAUCAAUCAACCUUGACGGUUAGAUUUCUCUCGUGCAAACAAAAACCUACAGUCAACAUGCGUUUCUCUGCUGCCACCGUUGCUCUCUUCGCCGGCCUUGUUGCCGCUCUCCCUAACGGCGAGGUCCACACUGUCUACCAGACUGAGGAUGUGACCAUCACCUCUUGCGCUCCCACCGUCACCGACUGCCCCGGCCGUCAGACCUCCACCCCUGAGGGUGUUGAGCCGAUCGCCACUCCCACUGGUAUCACCACUGAGGAGACCCCCGUUGCCCAGACCUCCUCUGCUGAGGUUCCUCCCGUUGAGGAGACCACCCCCGCUGUUCCUCCUGCCGUCCCUACCAGCAGCUCCCCUGUUAUCCCCUCUCAGGGCCCCAGCAGCAGCGGCAGCGUCCCCGCUGUGCCUUCCAGCAGCAGCCCCGUCAUCCCUCAGCCUCCUCAGCAGCCUAGCCAGGGCACCACCGUCAUCGCUGUGACCACCUGCAUUCCCACCGUCACCUACUCGACCAUCACCGGCCCCGCUGGCACUCCCACUGGUGUCUCCCCCGGCAAGAGCUCUUCCGUCCCCGUGAUCGGAACCCCUGCCCCCAGCGGCAGUGCUACCCCCUCUUCUUCCGGCCCUAACCCUCUCUUCACCGGUGCUGCCAACACCCUCGGCCAGUCCUUCGGUCUUGCCGGUGCCGCCGCUGCCGCCGCUUUCUUCCUUGCCUAAAUUCCCUUCUUGUCCAUAGUGUAGCCCCGAUUCACUCGUGAGUCCGGCUCCGCUGCAGGCGGGGGAAUCUAGUAAUGGACGUUCGAUGUGAAUGAUACCAGAGUUGGACGGGGUUUGUCUUUAGUUUU